CGCGCGCGAUCAAGACACCGCAUUUACUGCUCCGGCUAAGCUGCCAACACAGGCAGGAAAAACAAAAAACGCCAGCAAUGCUUAAUGCAGUAAUCUCAAUUUGAAAUAAUAAGGAAAAAGAGGAAAUCUCCGAAGUGACUGUGAAAGUAUUAAACAACAACUUUCUGCAUAAGAUAUACAAUUACUAGUCCGUUGCCGACAACAACAACAACUACAACAACGACUCACAAUGAGAAUUCAAAUAUUGGCCUUAACACUUUUGCUGGGCCACCUUAGCGUCCAGGCGCUGGAGGCUGCACCCAAGAGCGACAGCGAAAUCAGCGCCGCCUCCACACUGCCCCGAGUGGAAGUGGAGUCAACGAAAGAUAAGCGACAGGUGAGCAGCAAGGAGACAUCUCUCUAUCCCAAUCACCGCAGUGAGUCAGCUCAAGUUGGUGGCGAUGAUCCCGAAGUUGGUCAGGAGACGAUAUAUGGACCGAAACCGAAUCAAUUUAUCAUACGCCCCAUUGCCCCACACCAGCAUCAGCAGCACGAGUCGCAUCAGGAGCCGCAACUGCGCAAUUUUGCAGCAGCCAAUUCGCGUCCACAUGCCGCACAAUUACUGGAGCACAGUCAAGAGUUGCAACACUAUGUUUAUCUGCAAGAUAUACAGCGUCAUCAGCCCAAGGCACAAGUGAAGACAGCCGCGACCAGUGCUCCCCUCAAGAAGUCCACACCCGUUGCCGAGCAAGAGCAGGAAACGGAACAGGAGGCGGAACAACGCUAUACGGUUGCCAUACAACAACCACAGCCGGGUCUGCGCGGUAAUCCCUAUGCCCAGGUGCCCUAUCAACUGCCCUUGCCGCUGGCAGCACCACAACACCAACAUCGUCCACAGCAGCAGCAGCAGCAACAUCAACAUCAACACCAACAGCAGCAGCAGCAACAUGCCCAGCAACCGUAUCAGAUCAUACCCGAGGAACAGUUCCUCAAGCUGCUCGAGGAGGAGCUACAGGCGCGGGCCUAUCACGAGCAGUUCCGCCAACAGCAACAACAUCAGCAUCAGCAACAAUCCCAGACUCCAGCUCCACUGCCACCCAAAUCGUUGCCCAUACACAGCACAGCUGCCACGCACAAGGUGCUUCAGCAGGCGGAGCCUUCUUUGGGCUUGGGCAAUUAUCGUGAGCGCUAUGUGACCCAGCAGCAACUGGUGCCGAACACUUACUCCUCGCGUAGUGGACCCAAAUAUCUGCCACAUCAACAGCAGCAUCAGCAGCAACAACCAGAGGAAGAUGAAUCCCAGCCACUGCCACCACAGCGACCUCAUCAUCAUCAGCAGCAGCAGUUGAUUCAAUCCCUCCCUCCACAGAUCGCCUACUAUCAGCCACAGAUUAGCUACAAGGCGCUACCAAAUCAUCCACUCGCCAAAUCCUCGCUGGAAUCGGAAAUUGAGAAACUGCUUGCUGCGAACAAGCCCGGCUCUGUGGGUCACCCCGGUCUGGCCUAUGUGGACAGCAACAAUGAGCCAACAUUGGUCAAUCAUCAGCAUCAGCAUCAGCAUGUGACACGUCUGCCACCACCACCACCACAGCAUCCACCAGCACCCAGCUCCCAUCCGGCGCUGCGUCAACCCAAGGCAUAUUUGGCCAGCACGCCCAACUCGCUGCUGGAUGCAAAUAAUCAGCCUUUCAUCCCAUCCCUCUUCAAGUUCAGCAACUUCCAGCAACCCACUCCCAAUUAUCCUCAACCACAGCAGCAGCAGCAUGAGACGAAGCGGCUCGGUCCCGUUGCUUAUCCAACGAGUGCACCUGCUCAGCCGCAGCCCUCGCAGUAUUACUACCAGGAGACGCCACCCACAGCAGCACCCAAGCCUAAACAAUAUCGCAGCAAACCGUACAAGCCGCCUACGCCCAGUCCAACCAAAUCCUAUGAGAAGGCUCAUCUAUAUGCGGACUAUGAGCGUUCCCAACCGCCUGCACCGGCUCCGACAUCUGCCCACUUUUAUCCCAGUCCAAGGGAUCCCAUUAAGCAUGCAUCGCAGCGCAAUGUGGUGCCCACAGUGCAGCCCAUCGACUAUCCAGCGCAUCCCGCUCCCUCCCAAUCGAGCAUUUAUGUUUCCCAAGGAACGGGCAUAGCCACACCCUCGCGCGUUACGCCCACAACGAAGUUGCGCACCUUGGAUGAGGUGAAGCAGUUGAAUUUGCCGCCACCGAACGGCAAGCCGCUCACCCAGGCCGAGUUCCAGGCACUCGUCGAAGCGGGCUACCCGGUGAAGGCGGUUCCAGUUCCCGUGCCCGUGCCUUAUGAGCAGUAUGUGAAGGAUCAUCCCGAAUAUCGCAAUCAUCCACCUGUAGAUUAUGCGCAUCUAAUGCGUCUGGCUACGCGCCAAUUGGGCGCACAUCAGCAGCAAUAUCAGCAUCAGCAUCCACAUCAGCAUCCACAUCAGCAUCAAUUGCAUUCCCUGGCCUCGCCCUCGGAGCCAUCCGUGAAGAUCCUGUCCACGCCCACAGCUGCCGAGGCGCAGCAGACGGCAACGGGCAUUGGCGGAGGCAGUGUCACCUAUUUGCAGCGUCGACCAAGGGAUGAGCAGGAUACGGCUGUUGCCGGCAGUGAGACGAAGGCAACGGCUCCAGAGCCGGCGAAGGCUUCACCAUCAUCAUCAGCAUCAUCAGCAUAAGUUGCGCUCCUUUAGUUAAUGUCACUCGCUCCCUUUGUCUAGUUAUAAGUAUUGUAAAAAUGUUUCUGCAUGUUCAG